AUGAUUUUACCUGUAUGGAUUAGAGUAAAAGGCAGCAGCACAGAGAAGUUAGUUUACUGCAUCUUAGAUUCACAAAGUAACACAUGUUUUAUGUCACAGUAUUUGGUGGACCAAUUCAGUGUGAAGGGAACACCCACUCAAUUAAAGCUUUCAACUAUGUUCUCAGCAAAUACCUUAAUCAACUGUGAGAAGAUAACUGAUUUAGAAGUUGUAAGCUUUGAUAGGAAAACAGUAAUUUCUCUACAGACAGUGUACACUAGAAACAGUAUACCAGCAGAAAGAACACAGAUACCAACUCCCGAUGUGGCAAUUAAGUGGGAUCACCUUUUGAGGAAAUCCGUCAGCACAUUUCGGAAAACAAGAGCCGAAUUCCGCUCAGAUUUUGCGCAAGCCUGCAAUAAUAAGUCCAUAGCUGAUCAAGUUGUGCCUUACAUGCCUAAUGUUCCUGUACCAUUGCUUAUUGGAAAUAAUGUUCCUAGUAUCAUCAGACCGAGAGAUAUCAUCGCAGGUGAAGAGGAUCAACCUUACGCCCAGAAGUCUAUUCUUGGAUGGGGUAUUGUUGGAACAAUCUGUAAAACACAGACAGUGUAA